AGGAUAAUAUAAAGUAUGAUGACCAAAUGUAUCACAAACAGUUUUAGUAGCUCACUGUUUGUUAAAUCAGGUCCAUGGAGGAAAACUUAUGCAUUUAGUGGUGAUUAUGUAUGGACCAUCUCUGAUCUGGGACACAACCCACCAAUGAAGAUCACUCAGCUGUGGACCACACUUCCUGGAAACCUGAAUGCUGCUGUACACUCUCCAAGAACCAACAAGACCUACUUUUUCAAAGGCAGCAGAGUGUGGAGAUACACCAAGUUCAGUCUUGACUGGGGCUACCCUAAAGAUGUCAAAAGGAUCCCUCACAGUAUUGAUACUGCCCUGUACCUGGAGAAGAACAAGAAGCUGGUCUUUAUUAAGGGUUCAGAUCACUGGCAAUGGGACGAGCUGAAGUACAAUGACUUAUCCCACUACCCAAAACCGCUGUCCAUGCUCUUCUCGCGGGUGCCCUCCAGUCCAGAUGCAGCCUUCACCUGGACAAACGGAAAGGUGUUCUUCUUUAAGGGAGACGAGUAUUGGCGGAUGAAUGAGAUGCUUACGGCCGACAGAGGAUACCCACAGAGCAAGAAGGCGCGCUGGAUGCAAUGCUAGGGGUCCACCACCAGGAGGCAACAGGUGUAUAAGACUGGUGCCAAGAGAUGAUCAACCAGCAGGGGUCGCUGGUUCCAUUCCAGGGGCAUUGACAACUGUGCAACCUCAACAGCAGUGAUUCAUUGUAGAACUGAUUUUAUUUCACUGGAUCCAUGAUUCCCUGCCCUCCAGAGCAGGAAGUCUUUUUUUUUUAGUUCUUGAGCUUUAUUGUUUGUGUUUUUGUGACUGGGUGUCUUAUGUAAGCUUUUGUAUGAUCUCAGGGAGAAAUCGAGGAACGCCUUCUGUUUUUCUCUCAAGCAUGUGUGUUUGAUUAUGUGUCUUAAUACCUUCUGGCAGAUGUAAUACGACGGUCGGAGUGUGCACUUUCUACUCAGCCUUUAUUAUGUAACACUUUUAAAUUUUACCAAACACAUCCAUUAUCUCAAUAAUCACACAGGUCUGUGAGAAAUCAUGUAGCAAAAAUGUGUCCUGAGUGAAUCAUUUCUGCAAUUAAACGACACAUAAUAUCAACUGUAAAAUCGACUUCUUCAUUUCAUUUCCUCGCACUAGAAAGGAGGUUUAAAAGCAAAAUGCUCACUAUGAUCAAGGCCAGGCUGUCCUGUACUGAAUCGCCUGCAACACAAAAAACCUUGGAAGCACCAUGGCAACCUAAACCACUCGCUGAGUAGGAAAUCCUUCCUAUGUCCUUGGAAAUCUGAUGAGUAAUUCAGCCAGUGUUGCUAAGAGCCCACAGAAACAAUGGUGUAAUUUAUUCAACUCGACCAAGGACUAGAAACUGUUUUUUUUUUUUAUCAAACACUUUUAUUUAUUCCUAUUUGAAAUUUCUAUCAACAGGUAUGUACAAAUUCAGGUAACAAAGCACAUUGUCCCUGCAAAUAAAAACAACAUAAAGGGGGUAAUUAUUUAAAAAUCUA